CUCCGAAUGCCCAGAGAAACCCAUCAGUGGUGUUUUGACUUCGGAAGUGAAAACGUGUUCGCGAGUAGUCUCGCAAUAUUCUCUUUCGAAAAAAUAUAAAAAAGAAGAAAAAUAAACAACUUUUGGCAAAACAAAAAUGACCACCGUGGACACACAAAUUCCCAUCGCCACCGAGGUGGACGAUGCAACCGUUGCCACGACAGUCAGUGACCAGCAAAGCGCCAACUUUUUGCAACUCGCGAUGACGGCACUCAGACUAACCUCGACCCCUAGCAGCGAUCGGAACAGUGCACUACGCUUCAGAAAACAAAUUACGCUCGAUGAGGUGUCUUAUCACGACACACCUAACGAUUGCUGGAUUGUUCUGUUCGAUCGUGUCUACGACAUCACCGGCUUUCUAGAACUGCACCCCGGGGGACACGACGUACUGCUAGAGAAUGCCGGCCGGGAUGCCACAAUCGCCUUCAACGGGAGCGGCCAUUCAAAGGCUGCAUUCGCAUCGCUAAAAAUGUACGAGAUCGGAGAGCUUCCACUCAAGGAGUGUAUCUACAGAUGCACGGGGAUGCUGACCGCCACUCAUCUCCCCGAUUGAAGACUGACAACGUUGAGCUGAAACUAACUUUUUUUUCUACUAUUUAAGUGUAGUACCUCGACUGGAACUCGACAAGCAAUAGUGGUUUAUGCUAAGGACUGAGUCUGUUGGUAACAGAGCUUUAACCAAUGACAAUGCGUCGUAUUUCAGGGAUGCAGAAUACUACUAUUUUACGACAGUAUUGACAUCUUCUUAAUUUACGAGCUUAAUUUAUAACAUACU